GGGACUAGUCAAGGACUAAGUCAGCGUCGUCAUCCGGAUUUCUGGUUCUAUAAGGGUAUGGUAACCUGCGUAAUGGGACCUAGUGUCAGCCUAUCGAGCUAUGACGGUUAUGGUUGUUACUGUAACACAGUUCCACGUCGUUGGUACACUCCAAUGGAUAAGAUUGACAAGUAUGAAGAGAACAGCAGAAUCAAUUUACUGACAAGCAUACGGUAUCAUCUUCUUGCAGGUGCUGCCACGAUCUCUUGGGAUGCUACUAUAGAGCAGUAA